UACUGCAGAGAUUUUUCUUCGGCAACGCAGAUUGGAACUGAAGGGGAUUGCGGAUUCAUUUGCAAAAUGUGGAAUAAAGAACCUUUUAACAAUGUUUCUUUCAACAUCCGUGCAUUAUUUAACUUUUUUUCAGGACCAAAAUAUUCAUACCUGUUUUCUGGUUUAAAGGUCUAUUUUAUACGAGAUGACAGAAUAGUGUCCUCGGCAACCAUAGUUUCUGUCUUCCCUUCUGGCCCAGCUUCCGUAGACGCUGCGGUAUACGAUAACGAGAGGGAACUUCUAGUUCUCAUUCGUGGGCGCACCGUGCACGGCUACAAGAAAAUUGGAAGAAACAGCUUCAAAAUGGACUCAGCAUUUCCAAAGGAGCUACCAUCGGCGCUGUUCACGCCAAGCGCUGCGAUUCGAUGGCAUGACCAACACCAAAUGCUUUUAUCAAGCGGAGGAAAGUUUGCGCUCUAUGACGCAUACUGGAAUAAAUCUUUAAUGAGCGCUCGAAUUGUUGACUAUUUCAAGGGCUUGCCAGAAAACAUUCGCGGGAUCUCUAGUUGGAAAAACGGCCAAGCGAGAAUAUACACGAAGAACUUGGUGUUUAUCUAUGAUAUGUUACUUUCCUCAACGCUUUCGGAUGGAGUACCAGUUUCGACUUUCUUAAAGUGCCGAUAA